UCCAACAUGGCGUCGUUACUCGACAGCUACGAACAUCAGUUCGGCGGUUUGACAGCCGAAAUUACGACGAAAAUUGCUAAAAUACCAAAUCUAUCAGGCAGUGAGAAAAGGUCAAUGAUAAGUUCUGUUGAGAAGAAUAUGGAUGAAGCUAGCGAAUUGCUAGAACAAAUGGAUUUAGAAAUCAGAGAAAUUCCUUCCAAAGACAGGCAGAGAUUUAGCAAUAGACUGAAGAGUUAUCAAGUAGAAAUGACAAAAUUAGAAAAAGAGUUUAAACGUUCUCGAAUAGCAUACAGCGAUUUACAACAUGGUAGAUCUGAAUUGCUUGGUGGAGAUGAUGCCUCUACAUCAGAGGACCAGAGGGCCAGAUUAUUAGAUAACACAGAAAGAUUAGACAGAACAAGCAGACGGUUAGAGCAAGGUUAUGCAAUUGCCGUUGAAACAGAACAACUAGGAGCAGAUAUAUUAGAUAAUUUACAGGAUGAUCGACGGAAAAUAGAAAGAGCUAGGGACAGGUUACGUGAAACAGAUGCUGAUUUAGGGAAAAGUUCACGAAUCCUCAGUGGAAUGAUGAGAAGGGUAGUUCAAAACCGAGUUCUUCUAGUUGUCAUUGGUUUAAUUAUGAUCACUGUCAUAGGAAUUACAAUUUACUUCACGACAAAGAAAUAA